GUGGGGCUCCUUGGUCCCAUUAGGAUUGCUACGCUAGCAUUGCAGGAGGGUGGCAGCCAGCGGUGUCAACCUCCUGCACAAUUAGAAUUACUGUAGCUGCGAAUUGAUUCAAGCACCACACAUAUAGUCAUAGAGACAGUCACACACACAUGCACACACACACGCACGCACGCAUGGACGCACACACACACAGUCACAGGUUCACACGCGUACACACACUAUGCACACACACACAAUCACAGUCACAGACACACACACAAACACAGUCACAGGCAUACACACACACACACACAUACACGCAGACACAUACACACACACACUACCGCUACUUUCCACAGGAAACAGGGACUGUUGAGCCUCAUGGAUCUGGGCUGAAUGAGGUUAGGAGGGUGAGUAAUCGCCAAGAGGCGUAAGAGGGGGCACAGGACAGGACAGGACAGGACAGGACAGGACUGGGCAGGACUGGGCAGGACAGGACAGGACUGGGCAGGACAGGACAGGACAGGACAGGACUGGGCAGGACAGGACAGGACAGGACAGGCAGCAGUCCACCUCACUCUGUCUGACAGCUUCACCUGAGUCCCAUGGUGAACGCACCUAGGCAGUCUGUAGUAGGGGACCACCACCAUAGCCCAGGAUGAAGCGACGCCGGAAAUACUGGUUCUGGAGGUCCAGAGAUAGGGCAUCCCGGCCCAGCUGCUUCACCUCCCAGAGAUCAGUGGAGGAGCCGUGCGUUGCUGUGAAGAUCGCUCACACACAAGCGGAGCGUAGUGUCAGUGACAGUGUUACGGUGGUCAGCAGCAGCAGCAGCAGCAGUAGUUGCAGUAAGGGGCGUAGCAGCACAGGGGGCAGCAGUGAGAAGAGCAAGAGCCAGGGGCUCAAUGGAAGAAGCUCCGGCCGCCGGCCUCAGCUACCAUCCAAACCUAAAGUGCCUCCUAAGCCAGCCCAUCUCCAGAGCCCGGUGACGGCUCCCACGCACCCCUUAGCCCGGACCCCACAGAGAGCUGCCAUGGAGGACAGAGGAGGAGGAGGAACAGGAGGAGGAGGAGGAGGAGGAGGAGGAAGAGGAAAAGCAGGUUCAGGAACAGCAGGAGCCUCCACAGCAGCGAGAGGGAGAGUCAACGGCAACGGCAUUGGAACAGGAGCAGGAGGACCUGGCAAAGGCAGAAUACUGGACCUCAUCAACCGCUUUGAGGAGGGCAGUCAAACAGAUGGCAAUAAGCUGAGCCCCCCCGGCGGCGCGCCCCCCCCUCUGAAGCAGAUCAGCCGCUCGGCCAACAGCAGCCCGGCCCACAAGGCCACCCCCCGCCCCGGCACGCAGCCGCCCAGGGAAGGCAGCUCGGCGCCGGGCACGCCGCUCCGACAUGCGCCCAAGACCCCCAAGGCCUCCUCCAACGCCACCAACGGACUGCCGGCACGCAUGGACACUAGCAGCAGCGGCGUCUCCGACAACGGCAGCGUCGUCAUGGUGAACGGUGACGCGGCGGGAGCAGCUACGAGGGACAGCUACGAGGAAGAGGAGAGCCAGGAAGCAGACGGGAAACACUCCGCAAUCACUCACCACAACAACAACAACCGACACCACAUGCCGCACAAAGCUGAGGAGAAGAGGAGAGGAGAGAGGGAGGACGGAGAGCAGCCGGAGGAGCGAGAGAGAGAAGGAGAGGAGGAGGAGGAAGAGGAGGAGGAAAUAACGGUGGAGGAACACAGCGAUGAAGGAGACUCGCAACUCGAUACGAGCCGAGACGACAGCAUAACCAUGGAUAAAAAGGAGACCAAUGAGCAGAAGCUGUACAAGAUAGCCAGUGAGCUGCUGCAGACGGAAAAGGCUUAUGUUGCACGACUACACCUCCUCGACCAGUUGUUCUGUGCAAAGCUGUUGGAGGAGGCUACUAAAGGCACGUUUCCUACAGACGUGGUGAAAGGCAUCUUCUCCAACAUCUCCUCCAUACACGCCUUCCACAGCCAGUUCCUCCUGCCAGACCUGGAGAAACGCAUGGGCCAAUGGGAGUCAACUCCUCGGCUAGGGGACAUCCUGCAGAAGUUGACCCCUUUCCUGAAGAUGUACGCCGAGUACGUGCGCAACUUUGACAAGGCCAUGGACCUCCUCAAGCAGUGGACGGAACGCUCGCCACAGUUCAAAGCCAUCAUCCUCGACAUCCAGGGCCAGGAGGCAUGUGGGCACCUGACUCUGCAGCACCACAUGUUGGAGCCGGUGCAGAGGGUCCCUCGCUAUGAGAUGCUGCUCAAGGACUACCUGAAGAAACUCCCGGAGGACGACCCUGACCGGCCAGACGCUCAGAAGUCCUUGGAUACCAUCGGCAUGGCAGCCACACACUCCAACAGUGCCAUCCGCAAAUCAGAUAACCUGAAGAAGCUGCUGGAGAUCUACGAGAUGGUGGGAGAGGAGGAGGACAUUGUGAACGCCUCCAACGAGUUCAUCAAGGAGGGACACAUCCUCAAACUGGCUGCUCGCAACACCUCCGCCAUGGACAGAUACCUCUUUCUGUUCAACAACUUCCUGCUGUACUGCGUGCCGAAGUUCAGCCUGGUGGGCCAGAAGUUCACGGUGCGGACACGUAUCGGGCUGGACGGGAUGAAGGUGGUGGAGACCACCAACGAGGACUACCCCCACACCUUCCAGGUGUCCGGCAAGGAGCGCACGCUGGAGCUGCAGGCCAGCUCCCAACAGGACAAGGAGGACUGGAUCAAGGCCUUCCAUGAAACAAUCGCUAUUUUCGAUCAGAAGUAUGAGACAUUUAAAUCGGCAUCUAAAGACAUCGAAACCGUUUCGAAUGCUGAAUUGGGGAAGCGAGCGCCGCGUUGGAUCAGGGAUAACGAGGUGACCAUGUGCAUGAAGUGCAGAGAGCUGUUCAACGCCCUCACGCGGCGGAGACACCACUGCAGAGCCUGUGGCAAUGUGGUGUGCUGGAAGUGUUCGGAGUACAAGGCCCCGCUGGAGUAUGACGGCAACAAGAUGAAUAAAGUGUGUAAAGACUGCUUCUCCAUCCUCACCGGCAAUACCGAGGAGAAGGAGGGCAAAAAGAAAGGCAUCCUAGAGUUACGGAGGAAAAAGCGAGGACAGCUGCUAGCGGAGCCGGUGAUGAUUGAGGCGGCUCAGUUCUCAGGGAGCAGCAUCAUGUGUGGCUUCCUGCAGUACUGUGAGAAGAGUAAGCCCUGGCAGAAGGUGUGGUGCGUCAUCCCUGAGAAGGAGGCCCUGGUGCUGUACCUCUACGGAGCGCCGCAGGACGUGAAGGCCCAGUCCACCAUCCCUCUGCUGGGCUACGUCGUGGAGGACGGCCCCAAGAGCUCAGACGCCCCGGUCAGUUUCCGACUGACCCAGUCCAAGUCGGUGCACUGCUUCGCGGCUGAGAGUGAGGACGUCAAGCAGCGCUGGCUACGGGUCAUCAAGGUGGCCGUCACAGGGGAGGUGCCAGAGUCGCCCCCACCACACGGAGACACCACCACCACUACCACGCCCGCAUUUGAUGACUCCGCCCCCACGGACCCUCCCAACUCAGACACUCUCUGAAGGGGCCUCAUAUAUACAGUUAACACACAUUCCCGUAGUGGAGUGAGACGAACUUGAGAGGACACACUUUCCCAUAGUGGAGUGGGAUGAACUUAAGAGGACACACACUUAAUGGAGUGGGGUGAAUGUGGAAAUAACUCAAGAGGAUGUUUGAAUCAGGCCAGGGCCACUUGGAGCUGUCAACACAGACCACACGUAUCUAUAAAUCCAUGCAUAUGUGUGUGUGAGAGUGCGCUCAUAUUUGAAAGCUCAGACAUUAGCUGGACUUAUAAAUCAGUGUAAACAUACAUACCCUCCUAAGGACACAUGCACCGAUACACACUUCACAGAUCAGACUUGCCAACUGACACUACAGAGCAUUCUUUCUUUCAUUCUCUCUCUCUCUCUCUCUCUCUCUCUCUCUCUCUCUCUCUCUCUCUCUCUCUCUGUCUUUCUCUCUCUCUCAUUUGAAUGGGUAAAAGUCCACCAUUAUAUAGAGACCUAUAACACCAUUGUGACACAAAUUGUGUGUUUAAAAAAAAAAAAAUCAUGCCUAUGUUUCCAUGCUAAGUGCCAAACUAGCGCUGGCUAAAGCCAAGCGUAGCUUAACAUCACUCCACACGUCCAUCAGUAUUCCAUCAUGAGAUGAAAGACGAUAGUAACCAGACACACUCUCGCUCUGGGCUGCCUGACAGGAAACGUAUGUCUGCCAAAACCAUUACCAGCAUAGCUACCUACGGAUAUACAGUAUCACUCAUUGACCUCCUGUGACACACCACGAUGACGUUGCCUCCAAUAACCAGGACUUCAAACUACAACCAUCACCACCAGAGUGAAACCAAAAGCCCCCUACACUAAUCAGGGCUGAAUCUGGAUACUCGUUAUCUCUCUCUCCCUCUUUUUUUUACUAUAAACCCUGGGACCAUUCAGGGAAGG